GCUGGGUUUCCAGAGCAUUGGAGAAGUAAGUGUCAAGUACAGAGGCUGUAACACAUGUCACAAAGAGGAAAAGAUAUUUUAGGACUGUGCACGGCAGCAGUGAGGACCUUGCCUGUGGCUUGGCAUUGCAGCAUAAGCUCAGUGUUGGAUUAUGGAGAGGAACUUGACAUACCAGCUGGGCAGAGGCAGCUCUGAGGACAUGUCGGUGGGUUACACAUUGCCAACAUCUAACUCCCCUGCAGCCUAUGAAUCCGCCUUCUACUACCCAGACCUGGGCAUCAUCUGUAAUGCUGAAAAUAUUCCAGCAUUUUCAUCUACCUUUUUUCCAGUGCUGUACUCCCUACUGUUUGUGGUAGGCCUUGUGGGAAAUGCUUUGGUGAUUUGGGUUCUAACAGUUUUCAAGAAAAUCAAGACCAUGACUGACGUGUAUCUGCUGAACCUCGCCAUCUCUGACCUUCUCUUUGUUUUCUCCCUCCCCUUCUUGGUUCGGUACUCCAUUAUGAGUCAAUGGACUUUUGGAAAUGCUAUGUGUAAGAUCAUCAGCUCAGCUUAUUUCGUUGGUUUCUACAGCAGCGUCUUCUUCAUAACCAUCAUGAGCAUUGACAGGUACUUGGCCAUAGUCCAGUCUGUCUAUGCUCUGAAGAUUCGAACAGCUGCCCAUGGGGCUAUCACCAGCCUGGUCCUUUGGGUAAUUGCCAUUUUAGCAUCAAUGCCAGACUUAAUUUUUUACCAGGAAGUAAAUGACAAUAGCCAGAUUAAAUGCAUCCCUCACUAUCCUGGUGGCAACAAUGGCUGGAAGACUUUCAGUAAUUUUGAAGUCAACAUCCUGGGGUGGUUGAUCCCUGUUGGUGUCCUCAUUUUCUGCUACCACAGCAUCUUGAAAAACCUGCAGAAGUGCCAUACCCAGAACAAGUACAAAGCAAUAAAACUGGUUUUUAUUGUUGUAAUUGUGUUCUUCCUCUUCUGGACUCCCAUCAACAUUGUGCUUUUUUUGGACUCUCUAAGGAACAUGUACAUCAUUGAUGACUGCCAGACAAGCCAAAGGCUAGACCUAGCUAUGGAGCUGGCUGAGGCUCUCUCCUUCGUCCACUGCUGCCUCAACCCAGUUAUCUAUGCCUUUGUGGGUGAGAAGUUCAAGAAGCAUCUCUGUGAAGCUUUCAGAAAAUCUCCAUGUUUUCUCUUGAUCUGCAAAGACUACAGAGCUUUCAGUGGACGCAGCCUGGACAAGAACUCCUCUCUGCACACAAGGUCCUCACAGUCGUCUUCUAUUGGUACAGUCUUGUAGAACUACAAGUCAAAAACUAUCAUCCUGGACAGGUAUCCUAAAACUGGGAAAUCCUCCCAGAAGGGAAUCCACAGAGAUGGACUAUUUGUGAAACAUUUUAUGACAGAAAAAGUGGAAGCAGCUGCUUGAUUUUGC